AUGGAGGCCGAAAUCCCCACCCUUCCCGCUCCCGUCGCCAAUAACUCUGAGCCUGGCACUCUUAAGAGAAAGCGACAACCUCGUGCCCCGGUCGCGUGUGGGACAUGCAGGGCCCGUAAAGUCAAGUGUGAUGGGAGCUCGCCGUGUUCGAAUUGUGUCCGACAUGAGUUUUCAUGCUCGUAUAAGGAGAAACCGGAAGAAGUUAAGAGAAUGGUUGACCCGACAGGCCGUAUCCAACAACGCCGUCAAAGUCAACCGAUACUGCCGGAACAACUUCACCCAUCCCCGGUUAGUCUAGAUGAGCCGCUGAAGGUGGAGAGCGCGAACCCGCAGAUCAUGCCGGAGCCUAUGCCAGAGCGCGAGAGGGCAUCGUCAAUUUCAUCAGAGCAGGAGGUAGAUGGGCUGGGGCAAGUAAAUGAUCACACCGAAGGAGCCGAGUUCUACGGACCAACCGGAACAUUCUAUUUCCUUGCCAGACUGCGCUUGAGGGCGAAUACGAGCACCCAAAAGCAACCGCAUGUCGGUCCAACGGACACCAAAAACUCACCAGGAAAGAGUUUGAACCAGACCUCUGUCGUUAACCUUCUUCAUAGCUCAGACUACUCAACAUCGCCAGACAACCGUCACGGCCAUACUCCAGGAAAGGGAACACCGUCAAACAGUACAAGACGUGACUCGAUUCAGUACGGAAAUGGGAAAACCCUUAGCGCGGCAGAUGUGUCUUUCGCGUCAGAAGUCGAGCGAGAAUGUGUUCGGCUUUACUUCCAGAAUUUACACAAUAUCCACCCGAUCCUAGAGCAGUCGACUUUUGUGAGGCGUUGUGAAGAUGAGGUCUGGCAAAAAAAGACUGGAUUUGAAGAGCCCUUUCAACAGCGGCGGGGAGCCAGGUUUCUCUCACUGUUCAACUCUGUUCUUGCUAUUGGGGCUAUCACUGCGGGAGAGACAUCAUUACUCAUGGAGGAUCACACCCUGCAGUUUCUGGAUCGGACAGAGCAGCCAGGGGAGAACGAGACCACGUACCCACCAAUCCGGCUGGCUAGACGGUACUUUGAGAAGGUAAAGCUCUAUCUGGAGGACAUUUGCGAGUCAAGUUCACUUGAAACGGCGCAGACACUCUUCCUCAUGUCGGUGUUCUGCCAGAAUGCCCUCAAGCCUCAUAGUUGCUACAUGUACAGCGGAAUGGCUAUUCGAACUGCAUCCGCUAUGGGUAUCCCCACGAAUAUCCGGUCUGAGACAAGUCAAGAAAGUUUACUUUGGUGGUCGUUAUAUUCUCAUGAGAUCGAAAUGUGCUUCUCUGCCGGUCGACAGUCAGGUCUGAGAGGACCAGGCUCCUACUCAAUCCCAUUCCCAAAAACUGCUGGGUUCGUCAGCUCAUCAUCGUGCCUUAUCAACCCCAUGGUCGAUCUUGCCAAGAUUCUCAUGUGGAUGACGGACAACCUCAGCCUCCAUAAUAGCCACACAUCUUUGCAGCGACUCUCUCAGACAGCGCUGAAUCUAGAUCGAGAGCUCGACGAUUGGAAAUCAGGCCUCCCGAGAGAACUCCGAUUUGAUACAUCGUCCUUGGAAGAUAGCGAGUUCGCCAUGAAACAAAAGACUGUGCUUAAACUUCGCUUCUUAAAUGCUAGAAUCCUACUCCACCGCCAAUUCCUGAUCCUCAAAACUCCAGAAUCAGAUCGCAAGACGUUAUCUCGUCAUGUGUCAUCCUGUGUUAAGGCUGCGACUGAAACGAUUAGAUUCAUGCAUACUAGCUACCUUCACCGGCCUUACUUCAGAACAUGGUGGUAUAAUUGCAUGUAUCUACUUGAUGCCUGCAUGGUGUUGCUUCAUGUCCUUAUCUCAAACAUAUCCCCCUUCCCAGCCGAAGAAGUCAUUGAGAACCUGGAGAUGAGCAUCGAGAUAUUCAAAGCGAUGAAAAUGCUUGCAGUGGCACGCAGAUGUGCCGAAAUAGUUACAGAGCUGCUUCACGUCGCAGCAAAACCCGAGAAUCCCGGAAUCCAAAAACAGACAGCUGUCAACUUGCCAGCCGAGGCUGAGUCGAUGAUCAAGCUUCAAGAUGAAGCUCAGCCUAUGCAAGCGGCACCCCUUUUUAUCACCGAAGAUAUGAACGUCCACCGCGGACCGAACGAGCUCGGCGAAAAUCUUAUCCCUGGCGACUUCGAUGCUAAUCUGGUUGAUCCGAACGUGGUGUGGAACUUUUUGAAUUUUGAGCAUUGGAAUGCGUGGUCUGACGCGGCGUUCCGUUAA